AUGCCCAGCAUUCUCCCAAAGCUCGUCUCGUCUACGGGAGCCUCUGAUCCUGCCCAUGAUCCACUAGCAGCACUAACAGCCCCUCCAAGGGACGAAUCAGACGAGCAGCGGGCUGCACGACAACAGCAAGAAGAAGACGCAAAGAAAGUCUCCGACGAGAUUGACAAGUUUCUCAAACGAGACGCAGAGUCGGUCGCCAAACGCAGCCAGCAUGUCCGACUCCUUCUCCUCGGCCAGUCAGAGUCGGGCAAAAGCAGCGCCCUCAAGAGCGACUCGUAUACAAUCCACAGUGUACCUUUCCACGCCGAGCGCGCCGCAUGGCGUAUGGUCAUCAUCUUCAAUCUCGUUCGGUCCAUACGUAUGCUACACGACAUUAUUUCCGAGGCUAUCAGCAUCCAAGAGGCACUCAAGACGUCGCCUACAUCCCCCUUUUUAACACGGUCACCCAUGCGCGACUUUUCAGAUCUGUUACCGCCCCUCCCUCCUCCAGCUGCUUCGUCCUUGAACCACAAGCAUAGCUCGGGGUCGUUGAUCGCACCCCACGACGUAGAGGGAGAUGCGACAGAUGGUGCAUCUACCCAUUCUGGUAAAACAUCCUCUUCGGUAAAUGCCAACCCAGUCAAACGUACAAGCUUCUUCUCCAAGGAACCAAAGGACGGUGUUUCCGCAUUUUCAUCUCGCUCCGCCGAUAAAGUUCGACAGCAAACUCGGCCAGCCACUAGCUCGGGCGUGCCGUCUUCGGCAUUCUGUCUCCCCUCAUCGAGUUUUGGGUCAAAUCGUGCCAAACCGGCCGUGACACCUCCACAUGGUACACCCUUGAGACGUGGGGCAAGCGACGAUUGGAAAUUGAGCGCGCCCCCUAACCAAGGGUUCCAUCGUAGUCGCUCCGGCGAGUCCAGCAACCAAGUAACCUCUGCAUUAGCAGGUACUAUUGCUGCCGGCACUAGCGCUUCGCCUCCGCAAAAGACGGGACCGGCCAGCAUUAGUGGGGCUUCGGAUAGCGGCACUAGCUCUGGUUCCCGUCCCGGAUUCUCGCGUCCACGAUACGAGGGCGAAGCCAAGGAGGAAGAAUCGACUCCCCUGACGUUUACAAAUGUGCACCAGCUGCUCAUUAUGCGCAUCAAACCUUUGCUGUCCGUCGAACAAGACUUGCUGAAACGGCUGUCGACGCCAGACGAAUACGAAGCCGUGAGACUCGAUUUCAAUUUGUCUGCGAUGCACGAGGUGGCUGUCAGCGCGGCACGAAAGUCGACGAGCAGUCAUCAUUCCGUUGGGGACAAGUCACUCAAGGUACCCCGUUCUCAUUCCUCGUCUGGGCGUCCACGUGCACGUAGCUCGGUUGACAUUUCUUCCUCUGCCAUUGAGAGCUUUGGUACGACGUCGACAGCCAGCAGUACCGUCACUGUCACACCAAAAAAGGAGAAGAAGAAGAGCAACACGGUUCCCUCUUUGUCCUCUCCUUCUCUCGAAAAGCUCGGUAGUUCCAAAAAGGAGAAAACCACAAGUCUCGCAAAAUCUUCACACUCUGGCAUGUUGAUCCCUCCUGCGCGACAGCAACCCAGUGCACCAAUAGAAGCAACUACGCCGACGGGUGAUCAAUCGUAUAUUGUCGGUAUAGGACAUGGGUUUGGUCAGACCAGGAGAGCCUCGGAAGGCGACGAGUCGAGUGGAGGUAGGCCGAAACCCGGCGGUGGACAGACGAGUACACCAGAGUUUUACGUCAGAUCGACGGCAAACUGGAAAGAAAGGAUUUGGAAAUGGGCCAAGUACGAUCCCACGGAGCGCUUGCUCAAGUCGAGCGCGAAUGGCGAUCGUACUCUAUGGGACGACGAACGUGAUCCAGCACGCAUGAUUCAGACUUUUGCUCGAGAUAUCAAUGCCCUCUGGCGGGAUCCAGUCGUACAAGAAUAUCUCAAAAAGCACAAUUACGCACUGGAACAGUCUCCUGGCUUCUUUCUAAGCGAUGUCGACCGAAUCGUCAGUCGCGAAUAUAUCCCGUCGGAUGAUGACAUUCUUCGCGCACGUCUCAAGACGAUUGGGGUCACCGAACACGCCCUGCAUAUCGACACCCGAGGUUCGGUGCCAAAGGAUUGGCUCGUCUACGACGUUGGGGGGUCUCGCACCCAGCGAGCAGCGUGGAUGCCGUACUUUGAUGCCUCGGACGCGAUCAUUUUCAUUGCAAAUGUCGCGGCAUUUGACCAAACAUUGGAAGAAGACCCGACGAUGAAUCGAAUGGAGGACUCGUUGCGCUUGUUCCGCGAACUCGUGCGCUCGCCGAUUCUCAAAGACGUCAACAUUAUCUUGUUCCUCAACAAGGUCGACUUACUCGACGCCAAACUCAAGUCGGGGAUUCAACUUGCGAGAUAUUUUAGACGUUAUGGCGAGCGUGCAAACGAUACGGAAGCCGUCUUGAAAUAUUUCCGCGCCAAGUUUGGUGCUAUUUACGCAAAGUAUACGCCCUCGCAGACGUCUCGCGUAUACACUGUCCAUGAGACGUCGCUCAUUGACCGCGAGUCUACCAAGGAUAUCUUACAAACUGUGAGCAAAACUAUAAUCCAAGCGCAUGUGCAAAAGCACAUGGGUUAA